UGUCAAUUUCCCAGGCACCUGCUUAGUACGAGAGACAGAGAGCGAGAGAGCGAGAGAGAGAGGGGGAGAAUUUAUGACUGUCGAUUGUUUCCCAAUCGGAAAGAAAUUUAUAUCUCUUCGCCGAUUCCUCUCUUGUUCGCUUACACAUUAGUGGGAUCAACACAAUAGCCCGUCAACCCGCGAGUGUGAUUCUGUUUACAAACAAAUGAAAUAUCGCUAUUAUCCCUGAUGAGUUUAUUGACUUCAAUAGCUCGAGCGUGAUUGCUCCCUAAACGGUUGGAAUUGCUGUGGGAUAUAGUAAAUUUAGUGUCCAGCGCUUGUCAGUUGCAAAUGAUUCAUAACUCGGUUUUUAGCCGGCGGCCAGCAGCGAUUGGCAGACGCGGUCACGUGCUUAGGUAAUAUUUUUCCCGAACCGGGCGGAGUUAACUGACUGGAAUACGCGUGGAGCACAAGAAGGAAAUUAUUUACUACCGAUACGGCGAAAAUUAAUGACCAUGAGUUCGUUUUUGAUGAACCCGACGCCGUACCCUGAACCGAAGUUCCCACCACUUGAGGAAUAUUCCCAAUCAAGUUAUAUUCCCUCGCAUGGGGGAGAUUUCUAUCGGGAGAAUUUCAAUGCUUACGGAUAUACAUCGGCAGAUAGCAGGAGGUACGAAGAGAAACCGACAGUUACGUCGCAUUUCAGUUGUUCGGCGCACUCCGGAGCGGUUCCAACGCAAUGCGCGAACGGCUAUCCCCAGACAGACCUCACCCCGAGCCCCCCACCCAAUGCGUCGCCGCCGGCGUGCGUGGCGGUGCUGGUUGAACACUCGACAGGGGUGGGGGAGGAUGUGCGAAUGAAAAAGAACGGCCAUCCUGUGAUAUAUCCGUGGAUGAAGAAAUCCCAAGUGCCAGGUAGCAGUGACAGUUCUUCCUUGAUGCCAGAGUCUAAACGGAACCGCACUGCCUAUACGAGACAUCAGAUUCUGGAACUGGAAAAGGAGUUUCAUUUCAACCGGUAUUUGACACGACGCAGGCGCAUCGAGAUUGCUCACACGCUAGUGUUGUCCGAAAGACAAAUCAAAAUCUGGUUCCAGAAUCGCAGAAUGAAGUGGAAAAAGGAACACAAAAUGCCGAAUACGAAAACCCGGAUGUUGGAUGGAGGAAUUGACACAGGCAACGGCCUUGAACUUUCGCACACAGAUUUGACAAUAUUGUGAAAGGAAUAGCCAACUAAAAAAGGUGUGAUUUAUUGCUAGAUGGUGGGGGUGACGUCACCUAGGUUUUUAAUUGCGUCAUACUUUAUGCAGUGGUUAUGCCGAGAUGUUGGCAUAGGCCCAAUACUAUGCUCUAAGACUAGUCACAGUCACAGAUUAGAAACACACCCUCCGUCCAUGGUUUUACGACAAUACCACGUGGUGUUUGGCACAACAGCCUUCAGAAGCUGUCGCUAAAAAUUACGAAAACAGUGUUAUGAUGUUAUAACAUUAUGACACAUUAGCGUUACAAUGUAAAGUAAUUUGACGCAAGUGUUAUGACGUAGCGUAAUUUUGACGCAUGACAUACUACGUACUGCUGUUAUGACGUACUGUUGUUAUGACGUAUUACUGUACGACGUACUACUGUUAUGACGUCAUAGAAAUCAGGGUUAGUAGUGCAUGUAUUUAUGUAACAGAUAAAGUCGAGUUUCCUCAAAACGAGCAGGUAGAGAAAACACAAAGAUGCCAUCACCACUACCACUGUUAAAACCACAAGAAUCAUCGUCGACAGUGGAAGAAUAACAAUCCUACUGCAAUAUUAGUAUGUUACGUACGUUGCACGUUUUGUAACCAAAACUUGAAUCGAUAAAAGCCAAGCACGGAGCAGGGUUGGUUGAACAUGAAAAUGCUAUUCGUGGAAGUUUCGUCCAAUAUGUAUGGACGACCCAUUUUUGUUUAUUCUUGGAAUUUGUUUUAAUCUACCAAGGUUAAAUCGACAGUACGAAUUUGUAGACCUUUUUGUGGAAGAUGAUGCCAGGGUACAGCAGUUCGUAUUGAACCCGUUCAGUGGCGAAUCUACUAAGGGGGUCCCCUUAAUUUUGCGACAGUUAUAUUUUUAUUUCAUUUUAGGUUUUUCAUUUGUUUGGGGGUUUUUUUACGUUGGAGAAUCCAAUGGAUUUUCUGGAUCCGAGACUGUUGUUCAUUGAUUAUAUGCCUUGGAUUUCAUUGCACACUCCUAUUAUCCAAGGUUGCAGUUUUAGCAUACAUGGCCUAGAGAGUAACGUGCUGAAGACUACAAUUAUUUAUUUCGGUUUAUUCCUUCUUUUUAUUUUCUUAUAUCCGUUCUGGGUAUACGCCUCGGCUACCUAACUGUCUAUCCAUGCCGUGAUUCCGAAGGUAGUACAUCCAGAAUUCUAGAAGCGCAUACAUGUUAACAGACUAAGGAACUAGAAUACGUUACACUGAGAACAGCAUGUUGACCUCUGCGUACCGAGAAGUGCGUGUUCAGUUGAACAGAUACGUUGCUAAAGGUUGCACACAACUAUUUAUUUUUUCAUCCAUCUGAAUACAAUUUCUAUGUCAGAAUAUGUUCUGUGAAAAAUACCAAAAACAAUAUUUAUGUGCUUGCUAUUUUGUGGAUUUAGGAGGUACUGUCCGUUGACAACUACCGUACCCAUGGGGUCAAUAUUAUGAAGACAAGUUAGUGAAUUGUAGACUUAGUACAGUUUGGUCGUCGGGGAUUUACAGUUUUUAAUAUUAAAUACGUUCUAGCCCUAUUCCCUAUCCUUACAUGUGAAAACACAAACCAGGACAACAGAACUAUCGAUCUACUAGUAGAAUCGGAUCGGGGAAAAAAAAACAUCCAACAAGCAGGGCUCUGAAUGAUGCACGACCAAUCCGGACAUACUGAGGCAUAAAUGUUUAGCUGUCUGUCUACAGAUUUUCGAAGCAACCUAAUGCUAGUAUCAGACUACCAACUGUCACGACGAAGUUUGCCAACUCGCCGAUCUCCCGACUUCUACGACUGUCCAGAUGCUAGUCUGAUCACUAUUACAACUCGAUUCUCGUCAGUCGCAACUCCUACGAUUGACUAGUUGUUAGUUUGACCGCACUGUUAAGUUGGGAGUGGGGGGAAAUACAACGCAACUAUUGUGUUGGCCAACUCCGUCGUGACAGUUGAUAGUCUGGGACUAGCAUUAUCCCUAAGAUAUCAUAAAACCGUCGUGAGCUAUGACGUCACUACAACAUACGCCAUCAUGACGUCAUAGUCCACGACGGUUUUACAAUAUCGUAGCGGUAAUAUAGCUUCGAAAAUCUGUGCCCAUAUUUUCGAAACCAUUUUAGCGCUACGAGAUCGUAAAUGCGUCAUAGGUUGUGACGUCAAUACAGCACAUGCCAUAGUGACGUCAUAAUCCACGGCGGUUUUACGAUAUCGUAGCUCUACGACAGUAUCGAAAAUCUAGGCCUCAGUACUAAUGCAUUGUACAUGUACUUUAAAAUAAAAGCUACCUUUUAUGUUAUGACAGUUGUACAUUUCAUUUUGAAUUUAAAAUAUCCUUUUACUUUAAAUCCAAUGUCUAAUUUAAUUUUGAAAGUCAUGAGUUACAUUUUAUUUAGGGACAUUUACCAAAUCCAGGCACGGCGGAAGCAAGUAGACAUGGAGGAGGAGGGUGGGGGGGGGGGGCGCUGAAUGAGAUACGGGUGCAGAGCAAAGUUUCUAGGGAAUUCGUAAAUUUUUUAAAACUAGACGUCUUGAAAUGCAAUUUCCUGCAUUCUACAAGUAUAAUUAAUCUCUGCCUUAAGAUUUACUGCCAAUAUAUUUUUUAUUAUUAUUCAGAAUUAUUCAGAGGGGUUGGAUCCCCCACUCCCCGCCGCCCCCUGUUCCGCCGUGCUUGAAAUAGCUAAACGCUUGUCUUAGUGGUUUUAUAUAUUUAUUUUAUUUUUAUUUUUUUAUUUGUCCUGCUCCCUGCCCUCCCCCGUUUUUUUUUAUAUUUUUUAUUUUAUUUUAUUUUUUAUUUUUAGCAUCGAUAUACCAUUCACUGGUAUACAACGCCAUCUUUAAAGUUGUUACAUUAACCGUCGCGGGUGACGUCGACGUAAAACCACGCCUUUAAAAUGCUCAACCAUUUUGUAUCUCAUGUCAUGAUGUUAUUUACACACGUCAUCUUUGUUUACUUGUCAUUCAUAAAUCAUUCAACUAUUUAUGUUGUGUCCGUCUGUGUUUAUUGUGUUUUGAAACAAACGUCAUGGGAGAUAUCCAA